UUGAAUUUACAUUACAUUACACUGGAGGCGAAUGACUCUUUUUCGGGGCGAAUGACGUCACUAACCGUCCACGCUAAAGCCUGCCCUCCUCCCUUUACUCCUCCCCUUACUACCCUUUACUCUGUCCGCAGUUAUCAAACUGAUAGCGAGUAAGUUGGAUCAGAACAGAGAGAGUAGUAGAGCAGAGAGAAUAGCUAGUAAUUUGUUGAACUGUAUAGUUAGCAUAGUGUAUUUUAGUGUAGGUUUACAGUUAGUAGUGUGUGUAUAGUAUUUAGGUUAGUUGGUCAAGGAGAGGCGCCGAGGCUCGGGAGUAUAUGUGCGGGCCGCGAGGGAGGGAGGGAGGGAGGGGUGGAUAGAUGCGGUGGGCUGCUGCGCGGUGAGCCCAGGCUCCCAGAGAGGGAGAAAUAGAACCAAGUAGGAUAAAAUAAGUCAAAGUGUGGAGAAGGGGACCGGCUGAGCUCCGGCCGCCUUCCCUUCUGCCCGUGUGACACAGUAAGGGGCGGUUUUCCAAGCCACCAUUGGCACAAUGAAAAUAAGUCUAAGUGUGGAGGAGAAGGACCGGGUAAAAAGGCCGACCUCCGGGGAAGCCCUCUCCCCUCUCCCCUCUCCCCGCAGCGAGGGACCGCUCUCCAAGGUACCAGUGCUGGGCUGGGUGAAAAUAAGCCAAAGUGUGGAGGAGAGGGACCGGGUAAAGAGGCCUGACCUCCGGGGGAAGCCCUCUCCUCUCCCUCCCUCAGCUCCGCCUAUCUUUUCCGAAUUUUUUUUAAAUCAAGCUGUGGGCGGAGUAAUGCACAGAGAGGGGGGUUUAGUUCCCCUUUAAAUGAUUAAUCAGGUGUGUGCUGGGUGUGCCGCACACCUGAUUAAUCACUUAACCCAUAGUGCAGGACAGGAAAUACUCAUGCCUACUUCCUUACAGGAAGUAGUGGAGCUGGUGCACAAUGUGAGACAAGAAGGAGCCAAGAUGGCGCUGCUGUAAGACGCUUUUUCUGUAUGCUGCCGAAGCUUUUUUCGUUCGAGACUUGAAUUUGCUUGCUUAAGGCCAAGAAACAUGUAAAUAGUUUUUAAGAACGUUAGAAAAUCGCUGUGAGGUCUGUUGGUGAAACUUUGACCCGUUUUUGUUUUGUUUUUCGGGGACUUUUUCUGCCGGACUCUGCCUGCAACGAGCCGACGCUGUUGCUAACCAUUGGAGUUGUCUGCUUGCUAGCUCGGCGUCACAAAAGCUGUUUUCAAAAAGGCUCCAACCGCUAAUGACUGACUCCGGUGAUAUGUCGACUACGUGGGAGGAUAUGGAAACGGCAAUGGAAGCAAUGGAGGCCGCGGAGAGUCUUAAACGGUGCCAUAUCUACGCCAAACAACAUCAUGUGGAAGACUCUCCAAGUCCUAAUGUUAGCCCACAAAGAAAAGCACCGCGUCGCAAGACAGAGCCCACCAACUCUGUCCUGCUGGCGGCAAUUAACAAGCUCGCUAACUCGCAGAACGGUUGCAAGGAGAAGCUGGACUCCAUAGAGAAGUCCAUAGAAAUUAACUUUAAGAGUAUUCAAACUCUCUCUACUUCAGUGCAAGCUGCUGAGAAGAAGGUGGGGGAGCUGGCAUCCAAAGUGGACCCCCUGGAGCUCCAGAUUAAAACUUUGUCUGCUGAAAAUAAGAAGCUAGAGGAAAGAGUGAACGAGAUGUAUGCAUACUCCAGACGCUGGAACUUGAGGAUUCCUGAGUCUGAGGGCGAAAAUGUGAAAAUGACGGUGAUUGAUCUCUUCUCCCGUGUCUCUCCUGGUCUCGCCGACUCUCUUCAAAAGAUGGUGGAUAUCGCCCACAGACUGGGACCACGGAUGAGGAAGGAAGGACAGCAUCCACCACGCCGCAUCAUAGUUCGGUUUUCGUACCGAGCACACCGAGAUCAAGUUUGGGCAGACGCUAAAAACUCUGAGGUCCUCAAGCAGAAGAACGUGAAGAUAUCGGAAGACUUAACUCAGCAAGUGAGGGAGGCGAGAGCGAAGCUGUGGCCGCUGGUGGAGGAAGCGAGGAAGCACAACAAGAGAGCAGGCUUCAGCGGUCCUUUUGCUAUUAUUGCUGGUAAACUGCCUGUUAAGCUUGCCAAUUUCCAUAAACAAGCCCUGGACACAUGGAAAAUCGCUUUUAAGCACAACUUCUCUCCACACACAUGUAUAUUAUGGAAUAAUCAACAUGCCAGAGGUGAGGGGAGCCGUCAGGCUGAAGAAGGAGGCCUACAGGGCAUGGUUGGUCUGUGGGUCUCCGGAAGCAGCUGACGGGUACCGGCGGGCCAAGCGGAGCGCAGCAGCGGCAGUCGUUGAGGCAAAAACUCGGGCGUGGGAGGAGUUCGGUGAGGCCAUG